CCUGGAAAUAGUAUUUAAGGCCAGCCUUCCGGAAGUCAAGGGAUGCCUUUCUCUAAGAAAGGAUUCUAUGGUCCUUAGAAAAUGCCACCCAAAGUGACAGCCCUUUGGCAUAGGCGACCACAGCAUUGCUGACUUGCUCACCCACGAGCUUUCCAAAGCUUUUCCCUGUUCUCCAGGUUUCUCCAAGUUCCAAUGAGCCUUUGCGCUGGGCCUGCCAGCCGAGGCGCUGGGAGCCUUCUGACGUCACAAAGGGCCCCUGUGACGCCAUGGCCACCGGAGGCGAGCCUCCUGGCCGCGGUGACGUCACAGAGCCCCGCGGCCCCGCGCUGUGGCUUCCAGGGCCGGGGGCGGCUCCGGGCGCAGUUGGGCCUGCAGAGGCCGGCGGCUAGGUGCAUGCACCGGAGCUCGCGGGGCUGGCGCUGCCCACGCUCCGUGCUUCUCUCGUGCAAGGCCAGCUCAGGAAAGGGAACAGACAGCCGGAUUCUGCACGAAGGCCACUUGCGUCCUCUUUGGCGUAAAUAUCCAGAACAUUUGCCGAGGCCCCCUGAGACCUUGUGCACCCCCGUCGUCGAGGCGGUUGGGGUCUCCGAGGCGGCGACGGCGGGGUAUGCUCUGCGCUAACGUUCAGGCCUCCUCAUGGCCCCGAUGAAGAGGAAGUGCAUCUGCGACCUGUGCUCCUGCGGGCGGCAUCAUUGUCCACAUCUCCCUACCAAGAUUUAUGAUAAAACAGAGAAACCAUGUCUUUUCUCCGAAUACGCCGAGAACUACCCUAUCUAUCACUCAUACCUGCCCAGAGAGUCCUUCAAGCCCAGGAUGGAGUACCAGAAAGGGGCCGUGCCAAUGGAAGGCCUGAGCACAUCGAGGAGAGAUUUUGGGCCCCACAAAGUGUGUCCAGUGAAGCUCUACCAGCAUGACCCAUUCGUCCCAAGUGAAGAGAACAUGGAUCUGCUCACGACGUAUAAGCAAGAUUACAACCCCUAUUCUGUCUGUCGAGUGGAGCCCAUCAAACCUCGGGACAGUAAACCUCCACGUGGCGACAGAAUGGAGAGUCUGCCCACUUACAAAGCUGAUUAUUUACCCUGGAACCAACCAAGACGAGAUCUAAUUCGUCCACAACACACCUACCGGCCAGAAUCUGCCAAGUUUGACUAUAGAACCACACACCAGGAUGAUUACGCUUUAAAGGGUCUAGUGAACACCAUGAGCUGUAAGCCUCCAGCCAUGCCCAAGGUCUGUAACAUCCCCCUGGAGGAUCUGACUAACUACAAGAUGAGCUACGUGCCCCACCCUAUAGAGAAGCGUUUUGUGUAUGAGGCAGAGAAGUUCAAGCCCUGUGAGAUCCCCUUUGAAAGCCUCACCACCCACAGACAGUCCUUCCGGGGCCUGAUGGGGGAGGCCGCCAAGAGCACGAAACCGCCAGUCAGUUCCUGCAGAUUAGACGCACCUUUCUGUAACACCACUGAGUUUCGAGAUAAGUACCAAGCAUGGCCAACGCCCCAGUUGUUCUACAAACCUCUUGUCCCCUACGUCCCUCCUGAAGAAAAGAUGGACCUUCUGACAACAACGCAAUCCCAUUACACAUACCCGAAGGGGGCUCCAGCUCAGUCCUGCCGACCUGUGGUUUGCAUCAAGAAAGGUCCCCCCUUCGAAGGCUCCACAACCACCAGGGAUCACUACAAGCAGUGGGUCAGCGGGCGCAUGGAGCCAGUUAAGCCCAUUCCCCAGCUGCUUCGUCCCACCGAGCCCUUGGACUGCCUGACCACCACCAGGGCCCACUAUGUGCCCCACCCACCCACCAGUACCAAAAGCUGUAAGCCCCUCUGGUCUAGUCCCCGAGCAAAUGUCCCUGUGGAAGGCCAGACCACAUACACCAUCAGCUUUACCCCCAAGGACUUAGGUAGGUGCUUGGCUUCUUACCCUGAGCCCCCUGGCUACAUCUUUGAAGAAACAGAUGCUGCGGGGCACAGGAUAUACAGGCCAAUUUCCCACACGGGCUCUCGGCGGAACAGCCCUCUUUCUGUAGGUGAUUCCGAAAAACCCAACCCUCAGGAGUUGGCAGUGUCGGCCUGAUUUAAAAAAAAAAAAAUUAUUUAGAAAUUGCAAAAUACUUUUAAAAGCAGAUGAUUGAAAGUUAUUUGUUGGACAGAAAAGAAAUUCCCCAAAAUG